UCUCUCUCCAUUUCUUCUUUAGGCUUCCAGGCGAACCCAAAAUUUGGUUUUUUGAAAAACCUUUCUUUUCAAAGAAUUUCAAAAAUCGUCUCUUGGAGGGAUCCGAUUGAUGGAAUUGGUCCCGUACGACUCGGAGACGAAACCUUCGAUCCCCACGAAUCUCGCGUGGCAAGAGAUGUUUCGUUCCGCUUCUUCCCGUAAACCUCAAGACCCUCCGUCUUCUUCUUCUUCUACUUCAUCGGAGCCGAAGCCUCCCUGCGAUGGAGGCAAGACAUCUCUAUCAGCCGUUGAUUCACAAGCCCGUCUCGCUAUUUACAUAGCAAUGGCUCACGCUGGUCUCGUUUUCGCCAUUUGUGUUCUCUAUUUCGUCGGGAGGCUAUUGCAAGAGUAUCUUAGACCGAUUCAAUGGGCGAUUCUUUGUUCGAUCCCCUUGAGAGGUAUUCAAGAAACCCUUGUUGAUUUCUGGAGCGAGCCUUUGAAAUUAGGGUUGACGGAAGUUGUUCUUGCGGUUCCCGUCUCUGUCUUCAACGUCUUCAUCGGCUCGAUUGUGGAUAUUAAAAAUGUAUGCUUUAGGGUUUUUCUAAGGAGAUCGAAACCUAAGAGGACGAGGAAGAAGAGCGAUACUGGGUUUUCGAAACUGGUUAAAUGGUUGGUCUCUUUUGGUGUGUUUGUGAUUGCUUACGAGAGGAUUGGGGGAAUUGGGUCUCUUGUGAUCCUCUCUUUAGGUUUCUUGUUCAGUUCCAAGAAUGUCGAUUCCAGUCUAUCUGCGGUUUCCUCUCUCAGGAGUAACAGUUUCAGGAGAAGCCAUUUCACUGCGUAUUUCACUAGAGGGAUAAUGACCAGAUUGAACACUAUUGUUGCUAUUGGUUUGAUUGUGCUUAUGAUUGUUGGAUCCUUGACUGGUGUCAUCUUCUUCUCCUAUAAGAUCGGUGUUGAAGGGAAAGACGCUGUUUAUUCUCUCAAGUCUCAUGUCGAAGAGAGCAAUUACGCUGAGAAGAUUGGGAUCAAGCAAUGGAUGGAUGAGAAUGAUGUUCCAGGAAUGGUAGAUAUGUACACAACCAAGUUUUAUGAAACUGUUUCUGAGCAGAUUGAUAGUUUGGCAAUGCAGUAUAAUAUGACGGAAUUAGUCACAGGGAUUAAGCAUUUCGUGAUUGGGCAUCCUCAGAACACGUCAACGCCAUCCACUGCGCUUAUAGCUCCGUCUCCUUAUACAGAGAAGCUCAUGAGUUUGAGGACUCGGGUUAAGAACAAAGAAUGGAGUCAGAUAUAUUCAGAGGUUGAUGUGAUUUUCAGGGAGCUUAUUAUCACAAGAGAAGAUUUGGUAGAGAAAGCUAAAGGCUUUGCUGUUAAAGGAAUGGAUGUAUCGCAGCGGGUUUUCUCAAGCAGUGCAUCUGUUGUUGGAGGCGGUGCUAAGUUCGUUCUCUCUAUAGGAACCUCGAUAAUCUGGGGAGCAACCGAGUUCUUUAACUUUGUCUCUCAGCUGAUGGUUUUCAUUUGGGUUUUAUACGUUCUAAUCACAUCUGAAUCAGGUGGUGUUACUGAGCAAGUCAUGAACAUGCUCCCUAUCAGCCCAAGCGCUAGAAACAGAUGCGUUGAAGUCCUAGACUUAGCGAUCUCUGGAGUUCUAUUAGCAACAGCAGAACUCGCCUUCUUCCAAGGAUGUCUCACCUGGCUAUUGUUUAGACUAUACAAUAUACAUUUCCUUUACAUGUCGACUGUUCUCGCCUUCAUCAGCGCUCUGUUACCGAUUUUCCCAUACUGGUUCGCCACAAUCCCAGCGGCAUUGCAGCUCGUGCUAGAAGGAAGAUACAUUGUUGCCGUGACAUUAUCUGUGACUCAUCUUGUGUUAAUGGAGUAUGGUGCCUCGGAGAUUCAAGAUGACAUUCCAGGGUCUAAUGCUUACCUUACUGGACUAAGCAUUAUUGGUGGAGUGACUCUGUUUCCUUCUGCUCUCGAGGGAGCGAUAAUGGGACCGUUGAUCACGACAGUGGUGAUUGCUUUGAAAGAUCUGUAUGCAGAAUUUGUUCUGAAUGAUCCGAAGAAGAUCAACUAGUUGUUAUUGGCUUCGUUGAUAGGAGCCUUCAAGUGCUUCUGCCAUGGCUGGUGCUGCUUUGUAUUGGAAGAAGAAUCAUGUAGAUUAGUAGAGAGUGUGAGAGACUGAAGUGUUUUUUUGUUUGUUUGUUUUGGGAUUGUAAUUUUUUUUAGUGUGGAGAGAAAUGUGUAGCAGAAAAUUUCAAAAUGUUGUUGUUGUCUCCUCUUGUAUUGGAAUGAGUUCUGAUUCUUUUUGGGAAACCGUGUAAAUGUUUGUUUUUCUAGUUCAACUUUUUUCUUCUGUCUC